AUAAUAUGUCCACAGUAUAAUGUGUUGACCCUCGUUACUUUACAAGGUAUCAUGCAAAUGGAACAGGUAUAAGAUAGAAUUUAAAUAUUAAGGCAGAGACUAUUAUGUUCAAUAUUCGAAUGGUGGCCUAUUAAAGGAUAGCCAAACUCAUUUUGAUGGAGUAUAUGAAAGAGCAGGAUUAGGAAAGAAAGAAGUUUAACUGAGUUUACCUACUAUUACACCUAAAUUUUAACAUUAUCCUAAUGAUGGUUCUGGAAGAGAUUUUUAUAUUACGUAAAAAUGUUUUUUAAAUGGCAGAUGCAAUGAAGGUGGGCAAUUACAAAACUAAAAGAAAUUCAAUUUUCUAUUAAAUUUACGUUCUUAUAACAAAAUGGCUGAAGAACCGUUGUAAAAUGAUUUUCUUCGUAGAACUUUUUAUACUACUAAGAGACAAGUAUUAAAAUCAAGACAAUUGUAAAGGUAUGAUAAUUAUGAAUAGACUAGUUCAUAAAGACAAUUGACUUUAAAAUUAUGCACUCCAAAAAGCAAAAAGUGAG